AGAGCUGACAGCAAAAUUUACAAAAUUAUGAAACAAACUUUUAUAGAACGAACUUUGAGCAGAUGUAUUUUGUUGGCGAAAUCAACAAAUGAAUCCUCGUUCUAUGAAUUUGAUCAUGAUUCUAAAAUGUAUUGAGUUUGUCAUCGUGUUUCAUUGUAAAGGUGUAACAUAAUUGUUAAAGGUGACGUGAUAACAUUUAUUGUUCAGCCAUCAAAAAAUGCUUAGUAAAGUUAAAGUUGAUUUCGUGAUUUACGUGAUUAUUUGCAGAUAUUUUGUGAAUUUGAAAUAUUUUUUAAACUCUUUGUCAUAUCCUACACGUGUGUCAGGUGGAUUAAAGGAUUUAAUGUGAUUAUGAAUUUACAAAUAUGCUCGUUUUGGAGAAUUUAUGUAUAUGUGUUACAAUAAUUUCCAUGUGUGGAAUGGAAGUGACUGCUUAUUUAGGUAUAUAUUUGGAGAAAAUGUGACACUCAGAAACCUUGAAGCUUGUGAGUAAAAAUUAUGAGGCGAUGUACAAAAUACAUGAAAUACACGGAAUGUUUUAAAAGUUAUUUAUGCCAAUAAACUGUGCUUACUCGAUAUGAAUGUAGUGAACGAGUAGACCAAACUUUGUGAAAUUUUUCAUAGUCCGCAUUGUUUAAUUAAGUAUUCUGCUCCAGAAAUAAUUUGAAUAAUUUUUAAAACCAUGUUCAAGACCUUGGUCUCCUUUGCAGGACUAGUUUUGACAUAUUUGCAUAAUAAUUGCAGAGGUUUAUAAAUAAAUCAAUCACUCCGCCAAGUUCAGAUUAAUCCUUAUUUCCGAUCUUCCCACUCGUUGAAAUAAUUAAAAAUGAAAAUGAACAGGAAACUUUUCUUUACAACUGGGAUUAUUUUAGUAUUGACUACAUUAUCUUGUAAAUCGCAGAAUAAUGUCCCAAAAGUAGUGUUAUACACUGGCAGCUCAGGUGGAAGAACAUUUUCAGCAGUCGCACAGAAUUAUCCAGACUUAACUCUUGUCAACUUUGACAAUGUAGCCAGAUCCUGUUGCAUAAUAGGAACGUGGAUAUUUUAUGGGAGUAAAAACUAUGCAAAUUUCUCCAACGGUGUUGCAGCAUACUCUUCAAAGUCCAACGGGUGUUUCACUUUCCAAAAUCUGACGGAAAAUGUAUCGUCGUUCAGAUUUGCCGGAUCCGGAAAGGAUUAUAAACAGGAUUUUAUCGACCUUUUUAGUGGAAUAUUUUUCACUGGAGUUCAUUUGAGCACGAGCAUGGCUGUAUCUAACCUCUCGUCACUCAGACUUCCGGGAACCACUUCCAUUAUUGUCUCUGGCACCUCGCCAUGGACUUUGUACAGCAACGAUAGUUUUGUAGGUCGACGAAAAUGUGUCUUUCCCAGAGCCGGUCAACUGCCUCGUUUUUACCGUAACACUUUAGAUAUUGGUGAUAUACUCCCAAAAUCCAUAAGAAAAGGAUGCAGCUUAUGACAAUUCAUUCAAGCAAAAUUA